AGCUGAUUGUCAGCUCUUGCCACCUCGGUUCUUCAGCUUCCAUUUCCCUUUCAGCACCUUUACUAGUCACUUCAGAAAUUAGACAGACCAACUACCUUACUAUCGCCUGCACAUGCAAUUCAAGAAUUGACUGCUGAUCCUGGAAGAUUAGCUUUGAUGCAUUUACCCAUCAGGAUUUUUGGCAAAGCAGGCCAAACAACAUGCUCCAUUUCAUUAUGUUAUCCUCUAACCCCCGCAGAUGUUGGUUCAGCCAUACCUGUCAUCCUUCCACUGAAUCUCAUCUUAAUCGACACCUUUCUGCGAAAAGAUACGGAUAUCAUCAAGCACCAUUUCCCAUCCAUCCUGGAAAUUGCACAGGGGAAAUUUGGGAUGUCUUCCUAAAGCAAAUUGCAGAGAAAAGGGGCAUCUGAAUCCAAUCAAGCCGUAUUCCAUGCUUUCACUUUACUGAAGAGAGCAUGAUUAAACCGGGCGAAAAGCGACAUUGCUUCAAGAACAUGGGAAUCGCAAGAGUUAGCAUCGUUCUUGUUCUGCUUUGCUUAUUUCUGAGAGAAGGGAGAGCUGUGACAUUCACGUUCGUGAACCGGUGCACGGGGACAGUGUGGCCGGGCAUCCAGUCCAACGCCGGGAGCCCGAGGCUGGACCCGACGGGCUUCGCGCUGCCGCCCGGCACGGCGCGCGCGGUGCCGGCACCGUCUGGCUGGUCGGGCCGGUUGUGGGCGCGCACCGGCUGCGCGCAGGACGCCACCGGGAAGGUCGUCUGCGCCACAGGCGAUUGCGGCUCCGGCUCUCUGGAGUGCAACGGCCUCAACGCCGCGCCGCCGGCCACGCUGGCCGAGUUCACGCUCGACGGAAGCGGUGGCAACGACUUCUACGACGUCAGCCUCGUGGACGGGUACAACCUGCCAAUGCUGAUCGAGCCCGCGGGCGGCGCCAGCGGCGCAAUGACGUGCGCCGCGGCGGGCUGUGCUGCGGACCUGAACGCGAGGUGCCCCGCGGAGCUCCGCGCCCUGGGCGGCGCCGCGUGCCGGAGCGCAUGCGACGCCUUCGGCAAGCCCGAGUACUGCUGCAGCGGCGCGUUCGCCAACCCCAACACCUGCCGUCCCACCGCCUACUCGCAGGUGUUCAAGUCGGCGUGCCCCAAGUCGUACAGCUACGCCUACGACGAUCCCACCAGCACCUUCACCUGCGCCGGCGGCCGCGACUACACCAUCACCUUCUGCCCCGUCGCCACCCCAAGCCUGAAAUCGUCGAGCGGGCCUGGAACAACGACGGCACCGACAGGUCCGACGCCGACGGUACCGGGGACCACGACAGGCAGCCAGGGCGGCGUCGGCAGUGGCCCGGACGGCCAGGGCGUGAUGCUGGGCGACAACUCCUGGCUCGCCAGCCUCGCCACCGGCGACGCGUCGUCCGCGCCGUCGAGGCUGGCGCUCCGUGCCCUGCCUCUCGCGCCGCUCUUGCUCCACCUGCUGCUAUAGCACCCGUGGAGACCAAAAGAAACGGGCGUCGCGCGCACCGGCGCACGCACGGGCCACUGGCGCAAAGCGAAACGGCGCGCUCGUCCGCUGCGCUGCCGCUCAAUGGAAGGAUGGUUGGUGGUUGGUGCCGCGCG